GUGAGUAAGACGUUUUGUAUCUGAGCCAUUUUUCUCUGAACUCUGACAGGGGACCUGUCCUCCUGCGCUCCCCGGGAAACAUGCUCCUCUUCUGGAUGUCUUGUGGAUCACUUCUCCCUCUCCUGGUCCUUUGCAAUAACGGACAAGAAUGCUGCACCAUCCAGGACAACACACAAUAUCAUGUGUCCCCUGUGCUUGAGUCCCUGCGGUGCUACAAUGAUUACAGCUCCUACGUCCGCUGUAGCUGGGAGGAGAGUCCACACCCGUCCUCACAGCCGUUAGCCCUAUACUACUGGGACAGCCCUGAGAACCGUGAGUCCUUGUGUGAACCCUAUGGUCAGCGAGCACGGAAUCCCAACAACAUCAAGCUCACUGCCCAGUGUCAGUACAACACUAAAUACUUUGGCAUCAAUACCAACCAUGUCUUCUUCUUCAAGACCUCCUGUCCCCCUGCCCUGCUUCUGUCUAAGAAUGUGAGGGUGCGUCCACCAGUCCGCCUAUCACAGAAGCUUGUAGAAAGGGGGGGCUGUUUGCUCCGCUGGGAAAGCCCCUACCCCCAUCAUCCCCCUUGACCCCCACUCUCAACUACCAGGUCAACUACAGGAGGUCUAACCAGGAUGACUGGACAGCAGUGGAGGUUCAGGACACCCAGCUGAGUGUGAAGGCUGAGGCUCAGGUGCCCGGCUUCCAGUAUGAAGCCAAGGUGAGGGCAAGGAUGAAGACGGGACUGUGGAGCGAGUGGAGCCCCCUAGUGACCUGGAUGACUGAGGAGGACCCUGUGCCAGGCCCCUCCAAUGCCCAGUGUGUGUUGGAUAAUGAGACUGCGGUGACAUGCAGUUGGGAGGUGAAGAGAGACCUGGCUCAGUUCCUUACCUUCCACCUGUCCUGCAAACACAACCCCACUGCACCAGCCCAGAAAUGCUGUGAUAACACCAUGGUCGACGUUCCAUCCAGGGAUCCAGUGCUCAAAUACAGCUGCUCCUUCCAUGUCCAAGACUUAGAGCAGCUAGAGGUGGAGCUUGUACCCACACGCAACAGCAAAAAGUUUAAAACACACAAAAACAUUCGUCCAAACCGUCCACUCAAAGUGCAGAUAGAAGAGAGAGAUGGGAACUGGAUUCUAAAAUGGAAUCCGCCUAAUUUUUAUCUGACCGAUCAUCUGCACUAUCAGGUGCAAUACUGGAGUAAUGAGACUCAGGAGGGUACUACGUUCCUCAAUGUCUCCCAGGGGUCCCGCUCGCUCUCCAUCCUGGGGGCGUCCCUGCGCCCCUCUGAGUGCUACCUGGUUAUGGUGAGAGCCCUGGUGGUCCCGGGAAAACUUGAUACUUUUGACGGAGCCCCCUCAGAAUGGACCGACCCAGUGGAGUGGACCACACAACCAGCUUCCUGGUCCAUCACCACCUUCCUCUACGUCUUCAUCAGUAUACUGGUGGCAAUUGUCUUCAUCGCUCUCUAUGUUACCAUACCAGCCUGUCACAGGAGGGUAGUCCUGUGGGAGGUGUCUGUCCCGUCGCCCCUCAAGAGCAAGGUACUGGGAGAAGUCAUUAAAAAAUCUCCUGACAGGUUGUUAUUCCAUGAGAGUGAGAGAAGUGAGAAGACCUACAUCUGCAGGGUACAGUCACAGGAGAGCAGGGAGGAUAACAGUCUCUGCUCCAGAUGCUCUUCAGAUAGUCCAUUGUGGUUGAACUCAGAUGUAAAAGCAACUGGACUGUUCCAUUCCAUUACCAAGGAGGGGUGGAAGAAGUAUGACCCAAACUCUUCCUCCCUCCAUUUGCUGUCUGUGGAUAGAUCUGACCCUCCUGCUCUAGACUCAUCCGGCUUCAGCUUCAGUGGCCCUUACAUCUUCUGUGGCGACAGUUCACCGGCACCGAGUGAGUUUCUGAGUCUGGAGCCUCCAUGUGAGGAGUCCGACAACACUCUCUCUAACUCUGAACCCACUUCUCCGUCCUCCUCGGAGAGGUCUGCCCCAUCCCUCUCAGAGUCGAGUGAGGGCUACGUGGCGAUGCCUCAGGUCUGUGCUGGCCUGUCCAAAUCAACAGAUGGAGUGUCUGAUGGUGUUACGAGCGCUGUAGUAGCGGACAACAGUAAGAACACUGGUAACAACAACGGCAACAACGACAUCAUGGCAUGGCCCAAGUCAGAGCUCCUCCCACCCGGACCUAGCUCUAUGCCCACCUGCUCACCACCCAGUGAGAAUGAAGACCCUCCUCCAGCAUACACACCCCCAACCACCACAACCACCCCCCCCACCUUGCCCCCAGUGGGCCCUACCCUACACACCUCUGGGUACUGCUUCCUCCCGGCCCUACAGGCACUUGGGGGCUGGGGCCAUGUGCAGUCUUCUGGACCACCUAAAGGGGGCAGUCAAGAGCAGCAGGCCUGUAGGAGGGAGAUGAGGCAGGAGGAGCAGUGCAAAGAGGAUCCAUAUGUCAGACUGUCCCAGCUAGCCACUUAGCUAACUAGCUAACCCCAUCUAAUGCUGGACUACAUGAGGGCCACUAUACGUCACUGUUCUCAAUAUUUGAUCCAUUCUAACACUAACACACCUGUCUCAACUAAUCACAAGAGCUUGUUUAUUAGUUGGACUAGUUAAUUCAGGUGUGUUAGUGUUGGAAUGGACCACAUGUGUAAAACUACUGAUUUGUGGUCACUGAAGACUGGGUUGAGAUUGAGAAACACUUCUAUUUCUGGGAGGGAAAACUGUUGGAGCCUCAUAGAGAAGCCUCCCUUGAUUACUCACAAUGCCCAGCAGAUGGCAUCACUGUACUUACUGUGUAUCUGUUGAACUCACAAGAGGUGGCCUAUGGAUUCUACUGUAAGGACUAACUACAAACACAGAAGCAUACUGCAGUAAGCCAUUCCUCUCUGGGUGGUAGGGUGACUUCGGGCCAGAUUCCCAGGUUUCCACCACAUCACAUAGAUGGUACAUGUGUAACAGGGUGACACUGUUGAGUUGGUGAACGCAGCCUUAUGCCUCUGUCAGUGCCAGUGGCUGUUCCUGUCGUCCCACAGCAGGGAUCGGCCCGCGGGCCUCAAAGUGCUGUGUUACAGAAUGUGAAUGGUGAUAACGGUCUCCUGGUCGAAUGUCAUUCGUCACAAGCUUUGUAAACAACUGGUGUAGACUUACACUGAAAUGUUUAAUUAUGGGCCCUUCCCAACAAUGCAGAGAGAAAAAUAUAGAGAAAAAGAAUAACACAAUGAAUAAAUCCACAAUGGUUAUAUACACGGGGUACCAGUACUGAGUAGAUGUGUAGGGAUACAAGGUAAUUGAGGUUGAUAUGUACAUAUAGGUAGGGGUAAAGUGACUAGGCAACAGGAUAGAUAAUAAACAGUAGCAGCAGUGUAUGUGAUGAGUCAAAGGAGUUAAUGCAAAGAGGGUCAAUGCAGAUAGUCUGGGUAGCUAUUUGGUUAACUAUUUAUUUAGUAGUCUUAUGGCUUGGCGGUAGAAGCUGUUCAGGGUCCUGUUGGUUCCAGACAUGGUGUAUCGGUACCGCUUGCUGCGUGGUAUCAGAGAGAACAGUCUGUGACUUGGGUGGAUGGUGUCUUUGACAAGUGUUUUCCUCUGACACCGCCUGGUAUAGAGGUCCUGGAUGGCAAAGGCAUACGCACUACCCUCUGUAGCGCCUUGCAGUCGGAUGCCAAGCAGUUGCCAUACCAAGCAGUGAUGCAGUGAGUCAAGAUGCCUUUAAUGGUGCUGCUGUAGAACUUUUUGAGGAUCUGAGGGCCCAGGCUAAAUAUUUUCAGCCUCUUGAGGGGGAAGAGGCAUUGUUGUAUCUUCUUCGCGAAUGUGUAGGUGUGUGUGGAUCAUGUUUAUUUGUUAGUGAUGUGGAACUAUGGAACUUGAAUCUUUCGUAUUGCUCCACAACAGCCCCAUCGAUGUGGUAGGAGCGUGCUCAGCUCUCCGUUUCCUGUAGUCCAUGAUCAGCUCCUUUGUCUUGCUGAUGUUGAGGGAGAGGCCGGGUCACUGACCUCCUCUCUGUAGGUGGUCUCAGCAAACUUAAUGAUGGUGUUGGAGUUGUGCACGGCCAAGCAGUCGUGGGUGAACAGGGAGUACAGAAGGGGACUAAGCACGCACCCCUGAGGGGCCCACAUGUUGAGGGUCAGCGUGGCAAGCUUUUUGCUUUCUUGGUUAAAUGUGAGGACACAUUUUAAAAAUAGAGGAGAAAGAUGUAACAGGGUGGAAAUUUUGAGUUGGUGAAUGCAGCCUUGUGCCUCUGUCAGUGCCAGGUGUGUGAGAUUGUUGAUUGUAAUUAAGGGUGUUGCCUUCAGUAUUUUACCUGGCUGUUCUUGUUGUUCUACAGAUAUGCAUUACCAUGAAAAUUCCAAAUUCUGAAGCAUAUCUGGGGAUCUUGUGUUUAUGGCAAGAGUACCCGUAUGCCAAUUUGACCCGCUCUCCUUCACCCAUGGCAUGCCCUCUUUAGAGUAUUGUGCAACAUGUCCUGUGACCACGAGUAAUUGAUCUGAUCUGUGUUAUGCCAUAGCUCAGGCAUAUAUCGAAUGUAAUUGUGGAUUUGUAUGUCAACUAAAGUUUUUUUAUGUCCUGUGAUAGGGAAUCAGUAUGAGCUAAGAGCUUCCAAGGAACAUGUAUGCCUGGAGAUGAAAAUAUUGUUUUGUUUGCUGUAAAAUAAAGUAAUGUUGUUCGCUAUACCUCUUCCUACUAUUCCCAUGCUCCACUCCUUGAUGUUAGAGAACCUGUAUGUUUUAGAUUAGUCCCGAGGACCUCCCCUCGCGUAUAUGAAAAAUGUGGCGUACAAUCGACCCCAGGAAGAGAUACAUGUAAAUCCCCCUUGUUACACAUCAGAAGAGGUUUGAUUCCCAAAUGAGUCCCAAAUGCCUCCCUAUUCACUAUGUAGGAAACUUUGAGUCCCAAAGGCGUCCCUAUUCACUAUGUAGGAAAGUUUGAGUCCUAAAUGCCUCCCUAUUCACUAUGUAGGGACGUUUACGUCCCAAAUGCCUUCCUAUUCACUAUGUAGGAAACUUUUGAGUCCCAAAGGCAUCCCUAUUCACUAUGUAGGAUAGUUUGAAACCCAAAGGCGUUCCUAUUCACUAUGUAGGGAAGUUUGAGUCACAAAUGCCUCACUAUUCACUAUUCAGCCUUAGCUAAUGUGUGCCCUCCUCUGAAAAGUUAUCAUAGCCAUGAUACUUAGAGGAGACCGUGGAUGGUUACAACACAAGAUAGUUUUCUCUCAAUAUCUCAAGUGAGAAUCAUGUGACUCACUGUGCACAUGGUCAGUUUAGUCCUCAAUCCUCAUGUGAAGAAGCAAGACCCAGUGAUAAACUUUUCAGAUUUUAUUGACAAAAAUAUGAUUUUGAGGUAAAAAAUGAAAGAAAUUGACCAAAUGUAUUUUGCCGAUGGCAUCACCUGCUUUGUCGUUAGAUUCACAUAUCUUAUAUCAGGUUUAUAACCAGUGUGUGUAGAUGUAUUUGAUGUAAGUUAGCAAUGCAAAAGUUUGAACGUAGCUAAAACUGAAAAUAACUAAUGGCUGCAAGGGUCAGAGUUAGUUGGAACAACCUAAGGGAAUACAAAUUAUGGGCCCUCCAAGCCUGUACCCCAGUACUACCAUACCAAGGUUACAACUCUGACUCUGAUUCAGUGAGCAUGUCCAGCAUUCACUCACACGCGCACGCGCACGCGCACACACACACACACACACACACACACACACACACACACACACACACACACACACACACACACACACACACACACACACACACACACACACACACACAUGUGUUUCAUGUGUUCUUUGAGAACACUUCUCACAUGUGACAUUUCACAUUUGAAGACGUGUUUUUGGAACAUUUCACAUGACAUUUCGCUUUGAAUUAAUGUGUUUUUAGAACACUUCACGUGACAUUUCACAUGUGAAAAUGUGUUUUUGGACAACAAAAAUGUGUCUAUGAUACACACACAUUGCUUUUAACAUACAGUGUUUUCGUCUUACAUAUUUGACUGAUGUUAAUUUAUACAACAAUUAUUAUUCAAUGUGUCGUCAUCUGGGAUUUGAACUCACAACCUCUUGGUUCACGGCAUUAUGAUAUUUCUGCUACACCACCACACCUGUAUUGUCACGUCCUGACCAUAGAGAGCCCUUAUUUUCUAUGGUGGAGUAGGUCAGGGCGUGACUGGGGGUUUAGUCUAGUUUAUUAUUUCUAUGUGGGGUUCUAGGUUUGUUUUUCUAUGUUAGUAAUUUUGUAUGAUUCCCAAUUAGAGGCAGCUGGUAAUCGUUGUCUCUAAUUGGGGAUCAUAUUUAAGUAGCAUUUUUCCCACCUGUGUUUUGUGGGAUAUUGUUUAUGUGUAGUUGUAUGUCAGCACUCCAUUGUCGGCACGGUUCGUUAUUCUUUAUUGUUUUGUUGUGUGGUUCACUUACUUUAAAUAAAUAAAGAUGUGGAACCCAGA